AUGAAAACGAAGUUUGUUGCGGGUUUUUUUUGCUUGCUCUUACUGAGCUUUUGCGCAGAUGCAUCUCCUGUUAUUAAAGAAAGUUUUGCCAAGCAACUUCUCCGCAGUAAAAGACAAGACCAUCCGCUGAAGGCUGGAUACCACGAUGAGCCCAUGAGAGAGCACAUGCUCCAUAUGCAACGACUGGAGCAGAGGGCACGUGAAACCAACCUGGAGCACUGGCUGAACCCACAUUGCUUCCCACGUUGUGACAGGAACUAUGGCCAUCCCGUGUAA